UCAUCAAAACAAGCCGAGCUGAAGCAGCAUGGAGGAGUUCUCUCAUUGAAGGGUUUUUGACCUUUUAACGUUUCCCCUUUCGAACAGAGUCGGUUUGAAUCGUGUGUUUUCCAGAAUGUCGGUGAAGCAGGCAUCAGUCCAUGCCAAAUGGAUUAUCGGCAGAGUAAUGGGGACCAAGAUGCACAAAACUGCCAAAGUGAGAGUCACAAGACUGGUGCUGGACCCUUACUUGCUCAAGUACUACAACAAGAGGAAGACCUAUUUUGCCCAUGAUGCUUUGCAACAGUGCACUGUGGGAGACAUUGUCCUUCUCAAAGCUCUGCCGGAGGCCAGGUCCAAACAUGUGAAACAUGAACUGGCUGAGAUAGUGUAUAAAGUAGGUCGGGUGGUCGACCCACUGACAGGAAAGAGGGUUGCGGAAAGAGAGUUUCUGGAGCCGCUGACUGACCUUCCACUUGACAUGGAAGAGGAGAUGACAUUAUCAGAAAAACUGCAGGAGCUCAACAUCACUGCGGCUUCCAGUGGAGCUGAUUCCACAUCAACACAAACUCCAGCUCCAUGACAAAAACUCUUUUUAAGAUGUUUUCAUGUCUUUUUUUUGUUGAUAUUAUUUGGCAGAUGGAUAACCUGAAUACUUUUUCUUAGAUACCUCCUAAGGUAAUUUGAAGUCACGACACAUCUCUUUACAAUAAAAUGACCACGAGUACACAUGGUAUCAUUUACAGACAUAUGACCACUGCCUUUGUCUAAUCUCAAACUAAAUGUUGUUUCUUGUGAAAGACAUAACAGUCAUAAUAACCUUUUAAACUAAAAAAAAACAUUUUCAAUGAAUAUAAUUCAUCAUUACCUUAAAGUACACUUUGAUUGAAUUUCUUGGAAAUUACAUUUAUGGGCAGAGGAAGAAAUUGCAGUGAUUAGAUUUUUUUUUAUGCAUGACAUGCCAGGAGACUCCGAACUGUCCAGGGUGUACCCGGCCUAUCGCUGGAAGUAGCUGAGAUUGGCACAGCACCCACCGCGACCCUCUGGUGGAGGAUAAAGCGGUAGAUGAUGACUGACUGAUGCCAGGAGACUCGAUGCAUUUCUAUUUGGUGCUUGUUUGACUUGUUUUUCUAAUUAAUGAUAUGUAUCCAGUAUGUCUACUUAAAUAGUAAUAUCACUUAUUUGUCAGAAACUUGAUAUGUACAUUUAUUGGAAUGUUAUGCCUCUUGGUAGAGCAUGUUUGAUAGCAAUACAAUAUAAAUAUUUUAAAUGAUUAGAAGAAAAGUAGAAUUUUAAAAACUCUAUAGGUGAAUGAAGAACUGGUAUACCUGGAGUUAUAUUACAAACACUUUGGGUAAAACUAGCACCGGCUUCUCCGAGUUUUCCAUGGAUCCCCCCCACAGCUUUGACCUUUCGGUUCAUUAAAUGUAAUAUUAAAUUCA